UACACAUUAUCAAAGGCACUUUGAUAAUUGAACAAAAUGAGAUUAAAUCUAGUAUAUUUUAAAUAUAAACAUCAUGCGAAAUCGCCUCAAAAUCCAGAAAAAGUUCCAUUUAAAGAAGUAACAUCCUUAUCCCUAAGAAAUUAUGUCGUUGGUGAAGGAAGCAAAACUUUGGAGAACAAAUGUUUAUAUGAAAUGUCACUAUUAUUUCGGUGUUGGAAAGAAAAUCACUUUAACGACAGUAUCUGUGCUAAUCACAUGCAGAAAUUAGACAACUGUUAUAAGAACUACAUGAAAACUGCAGCUGAAUCCAAGAAACUCAAACAGAUCGAAAUUCCUUCUCCUUCUGCUAAAAGCUACACAAGUAAACAAAUUAAUUAUAUGUUACGUAUGUAUCCAAAUGUAUAG